GAGAAUAAAAGCAGGACUGCAUGGCACCUUCAUACACUCUCCUGGUCCUGAGUACAGCAACAUCUCUGGUUUCUGUUUACUGAGAUUCUGUUCAGUCAAAGAAGGAUGUCUCAGGACUGUUUCAUCUGCCGCUCCUUAUCUGUUGUGAUUGUGCUGUUCAUCAUCUUGAGUGCCAGUGGAUAUCAAGAUCCUAUUUCAAAAUGUCUUCAAGAUGAUGACUAUGAUGAGCUUCUUAAGAUAGUCAACCAAGGCCUUCCCCCAUCAAAGACCCCUCACCGUGUGGCCAUCAUUGGUGGGGGCAUUGCUGGACUUACUGCAGCUAAGUUCCUAGAGGAUGCUGGACAUAAGGUUACAAUCAUAGAAGCAAGCAAGCAAAUAGGUGGAAGAAUUAAUACAUACAGGAAUAGAGCAGAGGGCUGGUAUGCAGAAUUUGGUGCCAUGAGGAUCCCAAGCUUCCACUGGAUUCUCAGGAAUUUCACAUCAAAGCUGGGUCUGAAACUGAACAAAUUCACUGAAGAAGACAUAAAUACUUACUAUUACGUCAAUGGCCUCCUUCACAAAACUUACAAAGUAAAGGAGAAUCCUGAUGUGCUAAACUACCCCUUAAGAAAGGAGGAGAGAGGAAAAUCAGCCAGUAAACUUUUCAAUGAAUCCUUGUGGAAGAUUAGAGAGUAUAUAAAGUCAUAUGGCUGCAGUGCAAUGAUACGCAAGUAUGAUUCAUACUCUCUUAAGGAGUAUUUGGUGAGAGAGGUAAACAUGAGUGAUGGAGCCUUGCGCAUGAUUGGAGACAUCCUUAAUGAGAACAGCUUCUACUACAUUUCUCUCAUGGAGAGUCUCUACCUGCAGUCUGAUGUGAAUGAUGACACAUCAUAUUCUGAGAUCACAGGUGGCUUUGAAAAGUUACCCAAAAGUUUUUAUCAAAUCCUCAAUGCCACAAUCCUCCUCAACUCAAAAGUCAUAGGCAUCAGUCAGACAAAAAGCAACGUGACCGUGUUUUAUGAAGAACAGCACAACUCUUCCUUUGUGACCCAGCAAACGUUUGAUUAUGUCUUGGUGACGGCUACGGCCAAAGCCACUCUCUUCAUCAAGUUCCAGCCUUCCCUGUCACCCUUGAAGAUGGAGGCCCUGCGCUCAGUGCACUACUCGAGCUCCACCAAGGUUGUGCUGAGCUUUAGCCACAGGUUCUGGGAGGACGAAAGCAUUUGGGGUGGCAGAAGCAUUACAGAUUUGCCCUCGCGCUUCAUCUACUACCCCAGCCAUAGCUUCCCUGGGAAAGGAGGAGCCCUCCUAGCCUCCUACACCAUCUCAGAUGACUCCUCACUCUUCCAAGGAAUGUCCGAUGAGGAGCUGAAGUUAGUGGUGCUGAAUGAUUUGAUGAAGAUCCACGGAACACACAUCCAGGACCUCUACACUGGAGGUGUUGUGAAGAAGUGGGGAUUGGACCCAUACAGCCUUGGAGCCUUUGCUAUCUUCACCCCCUACCAGCAAACUUACUAUGCUAAAGCUCUGGCCAUGAAUGAGGGUAGGAUUUAUUUUGCUGGGGAACAUACAGAUAUGCCUCAUGGCUGGAUUGAGACUUCUAUGAAAUCUGCUCUCAAAGCAGCUAAGAACAUAAACAAUGCUGUAUAACAAGAAACUGACCAAAUAUUGGCAUGCAAAUAGUUUAAAGCAGAGGUAUUCAAACUGUGUGGCGUGAAGUAAAAGGAGGAAUUUUGAAGGAAUCGCAGUGGGGUGGGGGUGAUUGAAAUCUAAAAAAACUGUAUAUUUAAGGAAACCUGCCAACCUUUACACAUUUUUUGUAGUAAAAAGAGCAGUCUUCUUUUUUCCCCUAAUAAAAAUGACUGAUGAGGCAAAUGUGAAUCCAGAAUGAUUGACAGUUGUGCAGGUGAUUUGACCUCUCAGCUCGAAAGAUGUGCUGAUGCUGCAUCCUCGCUUUCUCUCAUGGUAAAUGACAUGUUUUUUUUAGUUCAUUAAUAUAAAAUAAGGGGGGUACGGUGGCUUAGUGGUUAGCACUGUUGUCUCACACCUCCGGGCUUGGGGGUUCAAUUCCCUCCUCCACCCUGUGUGUGUGUGUGGAGUUUGCAUGUUCUCCCAGUGCUUCCGGUUUCCUCCCCCAGUCCAAAGACAUGCCUUGUAGGCUGAUUGGCAUUUCCAAAUUGUCCACAGUGUGUGAAUGUGUGUGAGAUUGUGCCCAGGGUGUUCCCCGCUUUGUGCCCUUAGUCCCCUGGGAUAGGCUCCAGGCUCCCCCAUGACCCUGUAUAAGAUAAGCUCUAUGGAAAAUGGAUGAAUGAAUGAAGGAAUAUGAAAUAAAGUCAAUCAGUACAUCUCCAAAUUAAUUAUCAUUAAAUAGUAUACAAAAUCAGUUAACUAUAUUUAUUACGGAUGCCACCGAAAUGUUUGGGUCGAAAUUAAUCAAGGUUUCAUUAGGAUUUUCAGCUGAAAGGGAUACAAGGCUGAAAAUUUUGACAAGGGGUAAAAAAAAAAAACAUUAGGCCUAUAACACAGUGUAAAAUCUAACACUUUAUUAACAGUUUUGAAGAUAAUUAUAACUGGUUUAUAACAGUGAUUUACAACUCAGUUUGUUUGCUUUGCUCUCUUGCGAUGGUCAGAAAGCAUUCAGGUUUCAGGUGGGACAUAGACAAGUGAUUUGUAAAAGGAUUAUAUAAACAGUAAUGUUUCUUACUGUUCUCUGCCUUAUACAACUCCUUUUCUACUGUAUUAUAAGACUGUGGUUCUAUUUACUUGCAUUUUAUUUUCCAGUCAGUAAUUUGCCUUUUUUUCCCAGGGGGUUUCUGGGGGGGUGAGAACUCUGGGAAGUGGGACUCAUGGAGAAAAAAGUUUGAAUAUAUCUGGUUUAAAGGGUACAAAAACAUUCAAUUUUUAUCAGUCUUUGGAGUUCUCAUUCUCAUUUCACUCUAACAAAAAAACCUUCGAAACUUUAUAAUAAAUCAUAUGUUUUAUUAAUAAACAAAUUUGAUUCGUGGUGCAGAGUGUGAAUUAAUCAUAAUGUUACACUGCGAUCAAAGUGUUUACCUCGAUGACUGUUAUAAUGUAUAUUUAAAUAAAACACAUUCUUCAUACAACUAAAUAGUAUAAAUCAUGUGUUUGUUGCCCCUGGCAUCAGUUUUUUUUUUCUGUUUAGAUACUGGAACAAUAAAACCUGAUGUAGGCAAUACUUCUAUGUUUUCUACAGUAUGUGUAAUUAAUAUUUCUAUGAUGGAUUGCUCUACCCUGCUAAAUUUGGCUGCAACUGACUGUGUGUUCAAACAAUUAAAAAAAAUUUUUGUAAUACUAAAUGAACAUCUAGACAGAAAUAAUCAUAAAUCAUCACCUC